AGAGAGAAAGACAAGAGAGGCAGAAAGGAAAGAGACAGAAGAGAGAGAGACAGACAGGAGAGACACAGACAAGAGAGACACAGAUGGGAGAGACAAACAGGAGAGACACGGACAGGAUGGACAGACAGAAAGGAGAGAAAGACAGGAAGGACAGACAGGAAAGACAACCAGGAAAAAGACAGGAGAGCUACAGACAGGAGAAGCACAGACAGGAAAGAGACAGACAGGCGAAGGACAGACAGGACAGAGACAGACAGGAGAGACACAGACAGGAGAGUCAGACAGGAGAGAGACAGACAGAAGAGACAGACAGAAGAGACAGACAGGAGAGACAGACAGGGGAGAGAUAGACAGGAGAGACAGGACACCGACAGACAGGAUAGACAGAAAGGAAACAGACAGACAAGACACAGACAGGAGCGAGACAAACAGGAGAGAAACAGACAGGAGAUAGACAGAUAA